ACCCCCAAAGGAGGUGAUUACAUCGUCUUCAUCAACGGUCAAUAAUAUAAAGUCAUCGACGGUCGAGGAGAGCGGUGAAAAAGACAUGGAGCUUUUUGAAUUAAUUAAACAAUUUACAAAUAUGGGUUUUACAAAAUCACAAGCUGUCGAAGCGUUAGAAAAGUAUAACUAUGACCUUCUUCAAGCAACUAAUUAUUUAUUGGACUUGCAACAAAAUUA